UCCAAUCACAGCUGAUCACAUGUAAACAGGGAAAUGGGACAUGUACACUGAUCAUCAGGGCACUGAUGAUCAGUGUGCCCUGAUGAUCAGUGUAGCCCCAGCAGUGCCAUCUGUCAGUGUCCAUCAGUGCCUUAUGUCAGUGCUCAUCAGUGCCUCGUGCCAGUUCCUAUAAGUGCCACAUCAGUGCCUACCAGUGCACAUCAAUGCCACAUAUCAGUGCCCAUCUGAGCUGCCUUUCAGUGUCACCCGUCAGUGCCACCUAUCAAUGCCAAUCAGUGCCACCUAUCAGUGCUGCCAAUCAGUGCCACCUAACAGUGUCAGUCAGUGCUGCCUAUCAGUUCCGCCUAACAGUG